AGCAGCUGGCUGCCGCCCGGCAGCCAAGUUCACAUAGGUACCAUAACCAAAACCAUCCGACUGAUCCGACUUAGGAGUUACAAGGUCCAAGUACAUUAUUUGUUUUGUAACAUUGUACAAUGAAUAAUGAAUGAUAAUCCCAGUUUUUGAAACAGUGGUAAAUUCCAACUCAAUUACUUGAAUUGAUGAUGAUGCACUCCAGUCGUACAAAACAUUACCUUCAUUGUUUGCUCUUUCUAACAGUAAUAAUAUUUUUCGAAAUAUUUGCUGGUGGAAUAAAAGUUUUGAACGGAGGUGCAUUUGUUCCUGCCACAGACAUCAAUCCAUGGGUUCAGUACGGGUAUUGUGGGGCCUCUAUAUUAUACAUUUUGAGGCUGAUAACGUUCCUUCCUCUACCUCAAGUUUUGUUCAACUUUAUUGGAUUAACAUUCUAUAAUGCUUUUCCUGAUAAAGUAAUUUUGAAAGGAUCCCCACUUUUAGCACCCUUUAUUUGCAUUCGGGUGGUAACGCGUGGAGAUUUUCCUAAACUAGUGAAGAAUAACAUCAAUAGAAAUCUAAAUAAAUGUUUGGAUACUGGUUUAGAAAACUUUUUAAUUGAAGUUGUAACAGAUAAGCCUUUAGGGGUUGAACAACACAGAAGAAUUCGGGAGGUGGUUGUACCUGCAGAAUACCAUACAAAAAGUGGUGCUUUAUUCAAAGCUCGUGCAUUACAGUAUUGUUUAGAAGAAAAAGUCAAUAUUCUUUCUGAUAAUGACUGGGUUGUCCAUCUGGAUGAGGAGACUCUUCUAACUGAAAAUUCUGUUCGAGGAAUUCUGAAUUUUGUUAUGGAUGGAAAGCAUCCAUUUGGGCAAGGACUUAUUACUUAUGCAAAUGAAGAAGUAGUCAACUGGAUAACCACAUUAGCAGAUAGUUUUCGAGUUACAGAUGAUAUGGGAAAACUCAAAUUACAGUUUCUGAUGUUCCAUAAACCAUUAUUCAGUUGGAAAGGAUCUUUUGUUGUAACACAGCUGGCAGCAGAAAAAUCUGUUUCUUUCGACAAUGGUUUAGAUGGUUCCAUAGCAGAAGACUGUUUUUUUGCUAUGAAAGCUUACAGUGAAAAUUACAGCUUCAAUUUCAUAGAAGGUGAAAUGUGGGAGAAAUCGCCAUUUACUCUUUGGGAUUUUAUGCAACAACGUAAAAGAUGGAUCCAAGGUAUUCUUCUCGUCGUGCACUCAAAAGCUAUUCCUUUCAGAUACAAAUUUUUCUUGACCUGUGCAUGCUACUCUUGGUUAACUCUACCAUUAUCUGUAUCAAAUUUAAUUUUGGCCUCAAGAUUUCCAAUACCCUGUCCACCAAUGAUGGACUUUUUAUGUGCUUUUAUAGGUGCUGUCAAUAUAUACAUGUUUGUAUUCGGUGUAAUCAAAUCUUUCACCGUAUAUAGAUUUGGUUUAGCUAGGUUCUUGUUAUGUGUUUUUGGUGCAGUUAUAGUGAUUCCGUUCAAUCUUGUUAUUGAAAAUAUCGCAGUCAUAUGGGGUAUAUUUGGUAAAAAACAUAAAUUUUACGUGGUAAAUAAAAGUACUGGAUCUCCUCUCACUGUUUAGAUGAACAUGUGACUGGAAUCAUAUGUUUUUUUCUUAUUUAACAUAAUUUUGGUGUACCUGAUCUUGAAUAAUACUUAAAAAUCAUAAGAACAGCGUCAUUUAGAAACUUCCAAUUCCUCUGAGAAUUUAUUUAUAUUAUUUAUUUGAAAAUCAAGCUCACUUCCCCGUCUGACUGCAGAAUAUUUUUUUGUAUCUAUACCUGUGUUAUUUUUAGAAUUGCCAUAAAUACACUUCUCCAAACGCACUAC